AUGAAGAUCUACUUGAAUAAAAUGAACGACAAUAUUUGGAAUGAAUUUAAAAUUCCUUUAAAUAUCGAUCUAUCUUUGUUUGAAUGUCCAGAUUUGGUCCCAGAAUUAUGCGAAGUUCAGCUCACUAAAAAAGCUGUUUCAGAUAUUUCUGAAAUUACACACAAUGGUGUUUCGGUAGAGAAAAAAAAGCGUCGAAAGAGGAAAUCAUUAACAGGGCUGAGUCGUAAACGACGUGAAGCAAACGCCAGGGAAAGACGUCGUGUUGAAGAACUGAACAGAGGGUUUGUUUAUCUGAAGAGAGCUUUACCAUUGCCUAAUGUUGACAUUAGCAAGCUUGAGAUUUUGACACUGGCUAUAAAAUGGAUCGAUCAUUUGGAAACAAUGUUGGAAAAUUAUGAUGAUCAGAGAGAGCUAUUGACUAUCAGACAGAUGGAAACAUCAAGACCCGAAGAUCUAUUGAACGUCACAGAAGGUGCCACACCCGCAAAACAUGCAUGUCUGUAUCAUGAAUUCCCCGAUCUACAGAACACACUUUGGGAAGAAUCCAUUGGCUUGCAAGGUAAGACAGAUAUGAUUUUCCUCGUUAGUUUAGCCUCCUAUUCACAGAGAGGUUAAGACACGACGAUUCAGAUUUUCGGGUACGGUAGCGCUCAUUUUGUUUAGCAAUUUUCACUAGUGAUGUCUGCAUAUUCGAUCAUAUUUUUUCUGCCUUCUCGCAUAUGGUAAAACUGUACGAGUAAGCAUGCAGACAUCGAUGAAAAUUACUACCUACAGAAUGACGCUACCCGUGCUCAUAAAUAGUUCUUAAAAAUCGCUUUAUACAGACCCUUAUAAUAUCUUAUAAAUAAAUAAAAAGAUCAGUUAGGGGCAUUAAAAUUAUAUCCUAAUCAACCAUACGUGUCGAUUCCGAUCCCCAUUUGAACAUUGUCAAGUUUCAAAAUUCUAAUCGUCUCUCACUACAGAAAUUGUAGAAAUGUGCUUUUAAUUUCUGAUUAUUUUUUCAGAUACACCAGAUGCUGAGAAUGAAGGCUGUGUACACAUCAGAAGUACCUCUAAUUUUAAUUUUCUUUUUGAAUAA